AAAACUGUAUGUUUACCUCACAAACAACAGAAGAGAUGCUUUUUAGUGACAACUUUCAUUAAUUUUACUAUCUGAUGAAAUGAAGAAUUUCACAUGAACGCAGUGUAUACAUUCCCAUGGGGAUUCAGGGGGAAACCGAGAAUAAUACUCAACAGUUCAGCAUCUCAUUUGCCACUCCAAAGCUCAAUAUAGACCACAGAGCGCAUGUAAUGCUUAAUCCUUCAGCCAGCGAGAAAUACGGCCAAGCGAUUUGCCAAUUUAGCAGCGCCUCGCCCAUGCCCAACUAGCACCCGGCACAUGUCCACUCGGGCACUCACCCAUCGGAUCGCCAAACAAAUCGCCUCGCGCGCGACCACCAACCGCGGCGUGCGCGCGCCUCCGCUUCUCUUGCUCCCCCGCGUACGUAUAGCCCUCUGCUUCCUCCCGUGCCUCCUCUGCCACAGCCCAUCAUUCAAGCUACCCAAGCCCACGUCCACCAUGUCUCGCGCGCUCACCCUUGCGGUCCUCCUGCUGGCCGCCGCCGCGGUGGCGCCGCUGGCCUCGGCGCACGGGGUCGGGGCGGAGUCCGUCACGGGCGCCAAGGAGUUCGCCGGCGCCGGGUCCAAGGGCGCCAGCGCCAAGGAGUUCGCCAGGGCGGUCGGGGCCGACCCCGACCCCUCCCCGGCCAGCGGCCUGCCGGCCGACCCGGCGCCCGACGCGCGCCCCUAGGACAGAAGCAGUGGAGCACGCACCGUCCCCGACUCCUCCCCGUCCCGUGUUCCGUACGUUGACGCGUUGGCCUGAUGGUUAAGAUGUACACGAACGCGAUGCCUUUUCAUUUCAUCCUGCAUGUGUGUUCUCUUGCGUUUUUCUUUGGUUGUGGUGACGCAGACGUGAGAAGUUCUGUCACUCUGUCUGUGGAAAAAUGUCACUCUGACGCUUGGGUCGUAAGUGGAAUUGUACAUCCAGCCUCCGGUUCACUGCUGGCUGAUUUCUCAUAUGAAAGAAAUUGGACAUUUGAUUGUUGAAAA